GGGGCGGUACAGGAGGCAGCAGAUUACGAUUAGAUUGGCUUCGGGUUCAGCUGGGAGGCGGGACGAGUUCUCGGUCCCACGAGGAGAGGUGGUGGGGAUCCCGGGAGUGCAGUACUGAGCCCAGCCCGCUGGCCCCCAAGGCCUGCAAGAUGGAGGAAGGCGGGAACCCAGCAAGCCUGACUAAGGUGGUCCAUCUGCUGGUCUUGUCCGGGGCCUGGGGCAUGCAAAUAUGGGUGACCUUCGUCUCAGGCUUCCUGCUCUUCCGAGGCCUUCCACGACAUACCUUCGGCCUCGUGCAGAGCAAACUCUUCCCAUUCUACUUUCACAUCUCCAUGGGCUGUGCCUUCGUCAACUUCUGCAUCUUGUUUCCACAACACCCCUGGUCUCAGCUCACCUUCUGGGAGACCAGCCAGCUCUGCCUGUUGUUCCUGAGUCUCACACUUGCCACCAUCAAUGCCCGUUGGCUGGAGCCUCGCACCACAGCUGCCAUGUGGGCCCUGCAGACCGUGGAGAAGAAGCAGGGCUUGGGUGGGGAGGUACCAGGCCGCCACCAGGGCCCUGACCUCUACCGCCAGCUGCGGGAGCAGGAUCCCAAGUACAGUGCCCUCCGCCAGAUCUUCUUCCGCUACCAUGGCCUGUCCUCCAUUUGCAACCUGGGCUGCCUCCUGAGCAACGGGCUCUGUCUUGCUGGCCUUGCCCUGAAUCUCAGGAGCCUGUAGCACCCACUGCUUCUUUGUCUCUGCUGGCGCCCCAAAUCUCAAUAAACCCAUCUUUGGAAAUG